CUCUAUCGCUCUCUAAUUGAGGAGUAUAAAAUAGUAUACACUAUCUUUCCUUUUGUUGACUUCGGUCGCAUUGAUCAGGAUGUCUGGUAUCAAGCUUGUACCAGAAGGAGGAGGGGAGGCGAUUCCUGUGCCAGAUGAUUCCACAGUUAUUGGUCGUGGUGCAUUUCUCAAGGUGACAGACAAACGGGUAUCACGGAGCCAUGCAAAGCUGCAAAUUAUUGACGGAAAACUGUACUUGACCCCUGUAAACCACACCAACCCAUGUUUUCUUCGCCGUGGGAAAAGGGCGCAAGAAGUUUUACAGCGUGACAUACGACAGUGUUUAGAAAAUGGCGAUGUGUUUGGGCUGCUCCCAGACCAACUCUUUUACACAGUCACCUACUCUGAUGCACCUGUCAAUGGCGUUGAAAGAAAUGGAGAUGCAAAAGACAACAUCAAGAGCCAGCCCUUGAGUCCAAGUUCAGUUAAGAAUGGAGAAAAUGAUAAACAAAAUGAAUCUGUCAAACAUGAUGGCAUUAAGGAGGAGGAAGAAGAAUCAGAAUAUAAAGAGGAAAGCAAGGAACAGGUGCGGCCACAGAUUGUCAGUGUUGUGCGAGCAGACGGCAAAGAUAUGGCCCUUCCCUUGGAGAAGAAGCGCAUUCUGCCUGAGUGGAUGAUAAAGACAGCAAAGGCAGCACAACCACCCACCAACAAGACCAGCAAGAACACACAGGCAACCAAACCUCAACAUGCAGCUACAGCAAACCGCAGGCCGGCUAUGACAGAAUCAAGAAGACAGCAACAAGUGACUGAAGAAGAGGAAGAUGAAUUUGAAGAAGAAAGAUCCAUCAAAGCUAACAAGAGAAGAAAGCCUAACUCAGAUGAAGAUUAUGAAGAUGAAUCUGAAGAUGAAUCUCCAAGAAGGUCCCGUAAAAGAAGUCGGAAAUAUGUUUCAGACGAUGAUGAUGAUGAUGAUUAUGAAGAGGAGACACCUAAACGAAAGCGAGGAAAGAAGCGAAGGAAAGGUUCUUCAGAUGAUGAUGACGACUAUGAAUUGUCCAGAAGAGGCAAGCGAGCAGGAACACGAGCACAAAAACAUGAAGAUGAUGAUGAUGAACCGCGAGGAAAGCGGCCUCAGCGAGCAGCAAAACAGAAGCGGGGAAGUUAUGUGGAUGAUUUUAUGGUGGGAGAAGAUUUUGAUGACAGUGAUGAACCACCAGAAAAACCCGAUACUGACAGCGACUUUGAGGUUGAUGAAGAGGAUUCUGGAAGUGAUUGGGAGAGAGGUCGAGGGUCACAAAAGAAUAAGAGGCAAGCAAGUCGCACGCCAGUGAGAAGAGGGAGAAAGAGGAAAUCUAAGGUAGACUCUGAUGAGGAGGAGGAGGACUUUGAUAUGUCUGAUGAGGAGUACACACCCAGGCCAUCAAGGCGUAGAGGGGGAGGCACACCAGCCAAGAAGGCUGCUCAUAAACGUAAAGAGCGAGACUAUGAAACGAAGAGAGGAGAAGAGGAAGAAGAAAUGGAGGCAAGUCCCACACAAGGAAACAAGCCCAGAACACCAUGUUGGUAUGGCAACAAAUGUUACAGAAAAAACCCUUCACACUUCAAAGAGUUUUGUCACCCUGGUGAUGACAGCUAUGAAGAUGUCUCUGGGGAGGACAAUGGUGAUGAGAAACAGGAUGAAAAAAGGAAUAAACCCAGCUCUUUAAAGGGGGCUAAGCUUCAGCCAGCAGCAGAGGUGAAAGCGAAGAAGACAAAGAGGAAAAGCGAUGAUGAAGAGGAUGAUGAUGGCCUUCCCAACACAUAUGACUACAGGGACAGUUUUAUUGAUGAUGCCAGUCAGAGCAAGCGACAGACGCUUGGCAGUGUGGGUGCUGAUGAAGAGGAGGAUGUCAAGUGUUUGGUGAAGGAGGCAAAUUCUUUUAUUGCAAACAAAAAAAUGCAGCAGAAUGUUAGGGAUGGACUUUGACUGUCAUGAGGAAUGGCUUGGGCUGGUGUCUUUUUUAUAUUUCUAAUGUUUUGUGUGUGUGUGUACACCAAAUGAUCGUGCAACAACUUCAAAGUCCAAUAGGAUGGUAGCUGAACUGGGCUGGCACUGGCAGAAGUGUGCCAAACUGUCAUAGUGGUAAAAUUCUGUGCUGUUCUUGAUGAUGUUACUAUCCUGAAACUCAAACUGAAAGUGUUGUUAGUUUGAAUUCUUGUUCAUACUAGGUUACUGAAUUGGUGCUACAGAAAGCGGCCUUGACCUUUGUUUCAAGGUGAUCUUUGAAGUGGAGGCAAGGUGUCAUUUCAUGAAUCAUGUAAAACACUAGGACCUUUCAGGAUUGAAAAUGAUUCUAACCUGGCCUUGCAGCACUUGUAUGUCCAAUGAACCAGAGCAUUAUAUGUUCUGGCCAUAGCAUCUGUCAUGUGAGAUGAAUCUGACAGGCUCUUUUCAAAACUGGCAUGAAUAUUAUUUGAUACAAAUAUUUACAUAACCAUUGCAUGUACUGGACUUCAUGUAGAACACUAUGAAAUGCUAGUAAAGGACUAAGAUGUUUGUGCACCAGCAGCUAUGGUGCUGUGAGAGAGUAAUGUAGAUAACGAAAGGAGAGAUGAGAGAAAUACAUUUCGAUGAUGGUAAUAGGAUCACAUAGACCUGCGUUUCUCAACUUUUACUUGUGAUGCUUUCCAAGACGAAAAAAAAAAAGUACAUCCAUUCAUCCCUCUUAUCCAGCUAAUUUCACUAAUACGGAUAUGAGAUAUGAGAAACUUAAAAAAAAGUGAUUGCCUUCAUGCCCCCCUUCUCAGCACCAUGGCAGGGGCACAGCUCACAGGUUGAGAACCGUGGACAUAGACCAACUUCCAGCACAAAAGCUGACACUCAGGACAAAGUCUGCAUUGAUGACUGCAUGAGGUAACUGCAUCCAUUUUUAUCAUCCCUUUCUGUCCCCAGAAAAUGUCUGCUUUUGAUAAUAUGUUUCUUUCCAAAAUUCUUCAUAAGUUAUAUGCUUAAAUGAGUCAAGAUGAGUUGCAAUCUUGGUAAUGGUCAACCUAAUGUCCUGAGUGAGUUAACUGUCAUAAGCAAAACUAAAUUGCUUAACUUGGCUUGCUCUUGAAUUUGUAGUUAAAUUUGACCAAGUCAAACCCAUGAGCUGGUAUUGGAUCCCAUGCCUUAUAACUAUCGUUACAGUAGUUUGGGAUUUGGGAGGAUGGAAAAAAAGUAAAAGAUAAUUUUCUACACUGACAUGGAGGGCACAUGAAUAGUAUGAAACACAUGUGUAAAGACUGCGGUUAUGUGCCCAAUUCCAAGGUUAGUUUUUAAAUAAAGUGAUAUCCAUUUCCUCUCACUUGUGAAUGUGAGGUGUAGUGAGAAUACCUGGAUACACAGGGUCACUUUCUACACUAAGAGUUGUCAUGGCAGUACCCUCUUUUAGGUUGUUUCCAAGAGUAGGACUUGCUGCUGACUGAGUGCUCUCAGCAAAUGACAGAAUUGCUAUAGCAGUAGAACAUAGUCACUGCAAGCUGGCUGGCACACAAGUUGGUUGUCUGAAGGCUGACACAUAAAUUGCAAGCAGGGACAGAGAAGUGUGUGGUAGUCAGGCCUGUUCUUAGCCCCCACGGGGCCUGAGGCAUAGGGUAUGUGCGGGGCCCUUGAUGCCACGGUUUUAAUCAAAAGUGCAGGUCUCCUGACGACUAUGUAAAGCGUGGGGGCCUAAUGCGGGGCCUGAGGCAGAUGCCUCGUCUGCCUGUUCCUAAUCACAGCGCUGUUGGUAGUUGCUGCAGUUUGAAAAAGUUUAAAAUGUUCGAAGGUCAUGUAGGAAAUGAUUGUGAGAUUAGACACAUUGAAUGUCAAUUACAAGUAUAGAGCAAAGUUUAAAAAAAAAAUCUAAAACGCUUCUUAUAGGUGAACAGGACACAUUGAAGCCUUGUAUUUCAAAAUAUAAAAGAUGUCUUAAAUUUUGGAAUAUGAAAAAAACGGUGGUUCUAGAGAGAUCUGCUGUUCCUUAAAAUACUUUUUACAUUGCAUUUUAUCUGGUUCUGUACACAUUUACUAGUAGUUUCUGAAAAUUAACAUGCUUUGUGAAAAAUGUUUUAUGAAAUCAUGAAAGCGUAAAAUUAUGCUGGUGUGUGUUCCUGCACCAGAUUGUGGAAACAUUUUGUGUGCACCCAACACACGAAAGUGAGUUGUUAAAGACUGGCGUUGUUUAUAGUGUUUUUAAAUGUUUCAUUAUAUUUGUAAUGUGACAUUCUGUUAUGACUCUAUCCUAGUAGGGCUGCAAUGUUUAUGCAUGAGGAGGCAGGGUUGAACCAGUGCUCAGCCUGUCCUGUUUCAAAAUCCAAGGAACUUUGUAGUUCCCUCCUCAUUCAGCUAACAACCAGCCUUACUGCCACAUUUGAUGCUAAUCAAUAAUGCUGCCCUUUGUUCUUGACAGUGACCUUGCUUGGAGAUUUCACAGGCUGAAUGUUGUCAGCUUUUUUCUGUGGCCUCCAGUACACAGUGUAAAUAACGCUUUUUGACUUUUUUGUUAGAGCAGUGCUUCAAUUGGUUUUUAUAGGUAAGCUGCAUACUUAGAGAAGAGAUGGUGGGUGUAGAUGUCAGCUCUUGUACAUCAUACCAACACACAGUUUUUUAGUUUCCUAUGUUUGUGGGUGAAAGCAAAACCAACCAAGCAACCAGAACCUAACUUUUGUUUUAAAGUUCAUGGUGAAUGAGACCAUGUAAUUGUGCACAUUUGUAAAAAGUGAAAACAAGUGGAGAAGCUGGGUGAAGACUGCACAGUGUUUGCUACUGCUAUUUGUGUCAUUUGGAUUCUAUGCAUCUCGGCUUUCUUCACUGCACCAAGGAAUCCUUUGGAAGAAAAGAGAAUGUGCCUGGUGCAAGACAGUGCUCAAGUGAUCACGACUGGUUUCAGGGAUUGGAUCAGGUAGUUGUUAAGCAAGCAGUCCUGCACUAGAUUUUAGAUUAUUCUUUACUUAUCAGUUGCCAGUAAACACGAAGAAACAUCUUUAUACUCAACCUUGCAUUUACAGAUUACAGCCAAAACAAUGCAAGAGAAGUUUGCUCAGAGAAGAUUGUAAGUCAUUCAGAGAUGUGAAAGGAAGAUGCAUGCAGAGAAACAUGCAUGCUUAAGCUUUUGCAGGGAAAUUAAAAUUCACAUCAACAGAGCUAACUCUGAAAUUUCAGUAAAAAGUCCAUGCAGUUGUGUGGCAAGCGGUCUAUCAGCAGCUUCAAGUGAAAGAGCAAAGGACAGCCUGUAUAGUAGGAGGUAAUCUGGACCUAAAUGUUUUAAAGAAGUAGCUCUGUGACUAGUUCAAAAUCACUUUUGCUGUUAAGAUGAUGUUUAAUUUGGUAGAAGAGCCCACAUGGAUUGAUCUGAAUUGUAAUUAGUAUCACUGAAGGUGAACAGUAUAUACUGGUGCUGCAUGGCCCCAUCAGCGACCCUAGUUUUGUAAUGUUGCAGAAAAUACGGGAGGGUCACCUUUUUUUUUUUUAAACCCAGGUGAAAAGUACGAUGUUCAAAGACUUGUAUCUUAUGAACACAUACAGGAGUUGGUAUCUUUAUAUGAACUAUGAAAAUAAUUUUCCACUUGGGUGGACAUUUGAAUUGUGUGGCAGUAUCCUUAAUGUUUGGUGUUACGAACAUUGCCAAGAGGCUGGACAUAUUGGAAUAUUCUAGGCAGCUUAAGUCUUCUUGGAUGUCAUGUGGGAAGGGCUCUUCAGACACACAACAUUGAACAGAAAUUAUUUUCGCUUUGUGGAAAAUCCCAGAAUGACUUUCCCUGCGCUCUAAGAUUAGCUACACCCUCUCAGCCAUGAAAAUGCUGUUGAAGCAUUGUACUAUGUGAACUUGUCCAGUAGCAUGUGUGCACAAGGCUGAACUGUUGGAGUAGACACUAUUGUAACUGUGUUUGGCAGCUAUACAUCGCAGACCUAAAAACAAACUUUUCUAUUGUAGUCUUCUGUUCUCGUACAGUUGAAGGACUCUACUUGAAAAAAAAAGAUUUCCUUUUGUCAUUAAAUUACCACAAAAAUUGUAGCUGAUUGUUUUUAGUUUUAACGACUAUGCAGCAUCAGCAUUUUCCAGACACUACUAGAAAAGCUUUACGCAGCCCUGGGUCUCUUGCUUUGUGUGAUGAAACAAGUAGAAGUCAGUCAGGUCAAGGAUGCAAUGAAAGCCGUGGGUACCUGCUGCUUAGCUUACACAUUCACUACUUGCACAAUCUUGCUGUCUCUUCUUAGUUCAUGGGAGUAAGAUUAGAAUGUGUCGUGGAAAUAAACUGUCAAAUGCAGAAGCAUUAUUAGUUGGACCAUUUUUGUAUGGUUAUUACAUAAAAAUACAUGUCAAUAAACUGAUGUAUCCCUUUAA